AUGGAACGACUCUCCGUUGACUACGGGAAGAAGAGUAAGCUGGAGUUUUCUAUCUAUCCAGCACCUCAGGUGUCAACUGCCGUUGUAGAACCUUACAAUUCAAUUUUGACUACGCACACUACGUUGGAACAUUCUGAUUGUGCUUUCAUGGUCGAUAAUGAGGCUAUAUAUGAUAUUUGCCGUCGUAAUUUGGAUGUAGAUCGACCGAGCUAUACCAAUCUCAAUCGUCUCAUUUCUCAGGUUGUCUCCUCCAUAACUGCUUCGUUGAGAUUUGAUGGUGCUUUGAAUGUAGAUCUUACUGAGUUUCAAACAAAUCUUGUUCCAUAUCCUCGAAUACAUUUUCCGUUGGCGACAUACUCCCCCGUUAUAUCUGCAGAAAAGGGAAAUCUUGGAAUCUUUGGCAACAACCAUUCGUUCGUCACGCUGAACUGCCGAACACUAUCGAGUGAACUCCAACAAGCCGCUCUAUCCAGACUUCUGCGAUAUUUCUGUGUGCCUUUUGCUGCACUGCAGGAAAAACGCAUGAGAGAUCGGCCCGUCAUCGGCAUCGAAAAUUAUACCAUAUACUGCGGCGAUGCUGAUGAGAACAAAGUAGGUGGCUGCGCGAUAGCUGUGAGGAACGAUUACAAGAACGUGGUGGAGGAAUUUCGCUCAACUUCGUCUAGAUGCGCCUUUCUACGACUGCGGGAUCGCAAGGGACGUAAACUCUGGAUCGUAAGUGCUCACGCACCUACGGAAACCGCUGCGGACAACAGUAAGGACGCCUUCUAUGAUGAACUCAGUGCGUUGAUGUCUAAAAUACCAAGCCAGCAGGUUGUCAUUGUCGGACUCGAACAGCAAUCCGAUGUGCUAGGAAAAUGGUAUUAUCCAGAGAAGCGCACGUCGGACAACGGUGACCGUCUGGUCAACUUGUGCGAACAGACGGGCCUCAUGGCUUCCACGUUUGAAAGGAAUCAUCGACGCCAUCAGCUCACGUGCUCGACUACGUUCUGGCGAGGAACAUUCCUUAGUCAGAUAUCCGAAAUUCUAGAGCUGUUUGGGACAUCGCGUUCGACUCUGACCACCUCCCAGUUCUUACUCAGCUUCAAGAUACGGUUCCACAAGAGAAACCGAGGAGUUCCUCUUCAACCGAAAAUCGACAUGGCAGGUCUGAAAGACGAUUGUUUGCAUGAAAAGAAGCUGCGUCGUCAACUGCAACAAGACUGCGAUAACGAGUGGACGUCAAGAGCGAUGGAGUUUGAGAAAUCGUGGGAGUACAGGAACCCGCGGAAAGCCUAUGCUCAACCAAAACAUUAUAGCGGCAAAAUGAAAAGAUGUUCUCCUGUCUUCAACACUGCCAAUGGAGUAGUUGUCGGUGAAGCAACCCUUCCAAUUUGUAGAGAGACCUUGCUGAACCGGCUAGCACCGUCAGCUCCUGAACUCGAGCACGUUCAUAGAUCGACAUAUGCAGUUAACGAGGAGCCACCGACAGAGUCGGAGGUUCUAGUCUGUGUUCAAAAAAUGAAUAAUGAAAAAUCUGGUGGAGACGACGGGAUUAGCGCAGAAAUGCUAAAAUCUCUUCAUCCGUCUGGGAUUCGUGAGAUGACAAAGAUCAUUACUUCAAUAUGGAUAGACUAA